CAGUCCGUCUUCAAGUUUAUAUAUAAAAUAUAUCCCUUAAAGUGUUUCAAAACAUUCCUGUGGUAUCACGUGCACUCGCGAAUAUACCUAGCAACAGGCUAAAUUGCUUUCCACCCCACCCCGGCUUCGGAAGUGGCCCAUUCUCGAAGUAGGAAAGCUUACAAGAAAGCUUACAAGAAAGCUUGCAGAGUCUAAAGUGCUUCCCCCACUUCUUGAACUUUUCCCACUGUUCUUCAUAUUCUUUAACGACACAUAUUGGGUGAGGUUCUUUUCCAUAUCAUUCAUAUUUGCUUAUUAAAUCCUUACUUUGAUCAAAUUUCACCAGAGGGUGUGGCACAUGCAAGCGGUUGGGAACAACUAUGCAGAGGAAAGCUGCUUAAAAAACCGCGACGUCACUGCAUCGACUGCAAACGAUCGAUCUCAAAUCGAAAAUUUGGAAAAAUCUGGGGUAAACUUGAAUUUACAUAAUUCAGAAAAUUUCGACAACGACAAGCGAAGCACAAUCGACUUUAAUAACGACCUUGAGACGGGGAUUGCACAAAAUGAUUCCGAUCAGCCAUCUGAUGGAGCUUCAAUUGACGACGACGAAAAAGAUGAUUUUCCAGAAGGGGGUUUGAAGGGUUGGUCUGUGGUUGUGGGAUCAUUCUGUGGCUCAUUUUCAGUCUUCGGAAUUCUCAAUUGCAGUGGUAUUUUACUAGAGUAUUUUAGUACUCAUCAAUUAAAAGACUAUGAGCCUGGUCAGAUCGGAUGGCUUUUUGGAUUGUCACUCUUUCUGACCUUCUUUUGUGGUGCACCAAUUGGUCCUAUCUUUGAUGCAUAUGGUCCAAGAGCUUUGAUCUUUAGUGGAAGCAUCUUAUUGGUUUUAUCCAUGAUGUUACUUGGAUUAUGUACUCGUAAGUUACCUACACUGACACCAUAAACCUAUGUUUACUUACUAAUUGUCCUAGAAUAUUGGCACUUCUUUGUGGUGUAUAGUCUCCUCAAUGGUAUUGGUGGAUGCUUGGUAAAUACUCCAUGUAUUGCUGCUAUAGGUCAUUACUUCCUCGCCAAGAGAGGUAACGCCACCGGUAUUGCAAUGACGGCUGGAAGUAUUGGUGGAAUUAUAUUCCCUCUUAUGUUACAACGCCUUUUUCCAACGAUAGGUUUUGCGUGGGCAACUCGAAUCCUAGGAUUCAUCCUCGUCUUCCUUCUCAUAUUCGCAAAUCUUCUCGUGCAAAGUCGUCUUCCUAGAAAGGCACUUCCUAGCAUAGGUAGCAUUCUUCCGGAUUUCAAUGCUUUUAGGGAUCCACCCUUCUUAUUCCUCACCAUAGCGAUCUUCCUCCUCGAAUGGGGAAUUUUUGUCCCUCUGACAUAUAUCACACCUUAUGUUAUUUCAAAAGGUCAAUCAACGUCCUUUGGCUUUUACAUUGUCUCCAUCCUCAAUGCUGGUUCAUUCUUUGGUCGAUUCGGAGCAGGUUGGGCAGCCGAUCUUAUUGGUCGUGUAAACACGCUCAUUCUCUCAGUGGCUCUCUGUGUAAUAACAUGUUUAGCCCUUUGGUUACCAGCCAGCGAUUCCACAGCCAUGGCCGUUGUGUUCGCCAUCAUCUUCGGAUUUGUCAGUGGUAGUAAUCUUAGUCUGAGUCCAGUAUGCGUUGGACAAAUGUGUAAGACUGAACACUAUGGUCGUUAUUAUUCGACAUGCUGGAUGGUAGUCGCAUUUGGCACUUUGACUGGAUUACCUAUUGCUGGACAGAUUCUCACAGCUAGUGGAAACGAUUAUACCUGGGUGAUCGUUUUUGCUGGACUCUCUUAUGCAUUGGCAGGAUUUCUCCUCAUUGUUGCGAGAGUUUUGGCGGUGGGAUGGUCGAUUCGUACAAAGUAUUAGUUGGGUUUGGUGGUUUGUGAAACAAGUGAUUUCUCAUCUGUUCACUCAUCUUGAAAAUUCACAUAUGUGGAUGUUUCUCUGGAAUUGUUGGAGAUGGUCAGAAAUAUGUAUGACCUAUGUUUGGAUUUUUGGACACUGAUUAUCGAAAAUCUUGAAUAUCUGAUUCUUGUCGCUCAUUUUCUAUAUAUUCACAUACGAUUUUGCAAAAGUCAAAAUGGAGAUUUAAGAUCUCGGAGGCCCUAGGUGCUAUGGUAAACCCCUUGAGGAGGACUUAACUUAUUAUUUAUCUUAUUACAGAUCUGAUAUUUGAUUUCCCUCUUUAAAUAAUUAACCAUAGAUACAAAACAAUGUUACACGUUCAUUUAU